AGGACCAGAGGUCGUGAUGGUGGAAAUAGUCACCCCUGCACUCCCUGUCAAGGAGGACAACACAGAGCCGUUGAGAACAUCCAGCCACGCCUCCAAGGACUGUGUUUCAACAGCGCCUCUGCUGAGGCAGGAGUCAAGAGGAGACCAGGCUCGCCGCACUGACACAGAGCUUGUGGCAUGUUCACAGCAGCAACUCCAGCAGCUGGCGUCAUGCAGGGGGCUGCCUAAUCUUGGCAACACGUGCUACAUGAAUUCCACCUUGCAGUGUUUGCUAAGUUUGCAGCCCUUCUGCCGCCAGCUGCUGGAGCAGGAGCAGCUGUGGAGUUCUGAGGCUCAUCUCCUCCUCAGGUCCUUCGUAGGACUGUCUUCAAGUCCUAACGCUUUGAAGAAGGUCACUCACCUUCGUGAGCUCAAGGCCCAGGUUGCCCUGUGCAACGGGCAAUUUUACGGCGCCUCACAGAACGACGCCCAGGAAUUCCUGAUGGCGCUCCUGCAGAACAUGCAGGACGUUGGCCGGGACCUGGGCACUAUCAGCCCGUACAGGUGCCCAGUGGCGUCAAAGGUCUCCUUUACCGUGUCCUAUGAAAGGACAUGCCAAAGGUCAGUGGGUUGCUGA